CGUCCCAGAAGAGCAGACGACGACAACGACCAGGGCGGAAAGGCCGGAGAUAGUGGGAAGUCCGGAGAUGGUACUACUUCAGGCUCCGGAGGCGCAUCAGGGUCCGGAGGAGGUGGGACUUCUAAAACGAAGAAUGCUAGCGGUCGCAAUUCCACCUCGGGUCCUACCACUGUUGGCGGUCUCACCCCUUUUGUAGGCGCGAUGAUCGGAAAGCAAGUGAAACAGCAAGUUAAGACUACCGACUUAAAAAGAGCACACUCAGUCUUCACAACCCUUGCUUCUUUGUAUUCGUGAGUGGUACAACAUUCAGCAGCAAGGGUCGUGUCGAGGAUGUUCAGGAGGAUACUUAUAUAUUGCGAAUAAUGAGGUGGUAGCUCUAAGCAGAGAAGAAACGCAUGGAACGAGGACGCUUUGCCUGUUGUAAACCCAUUUUUUGAUGAAGAACGACACGGAUCUGUAGGCGCCGACGAUUUUCUGGAAGAACAGUUCUCCUUUGAUUACAUGCACAGACACAAGACGGCCGUGGAGGUGUCUAUGGCUGCGACAGCACUAGUGCUUCUCAGCUUCGCCUGGCUCCAGUUUAUCCAUUGCGGUUUUUGUUAAGGCUCAUUAUUUAAUUCACUUCCAAAGGAGGUCAUUUCUCUUUGCUUCCUUAUACGGGGAAUCUAAAGAAAUGAAUUAAAGAACGCACCAAUUGCUUUGAGCUCUAAUUUUGCGCGUUCCCCUUGUGCAUUCUAGGACCGUACUUUCUUGUGCAGUACCUCUUGAUGCUGAGUUUUCGCGAGACGUUCUGGACGCAUUUUCAAAGUUGGAAUGCAGUUUCAGCUGGUGUUGCUGCUUUCCUACUAGAUUACAACAUUGUUUUCCUCCUUCCGAUGUACUUACCGGGUUACAACCGACAAAGCGACGUAUGGGAACCGACGCCGGCGGAAACGGGUCGAUUACUAGGCGGUCGCUCUCUCGGUGGCUCCCCUUUCGUCCCCCUACACACUGCGACGAGUUUAGUGGCCUUCUACCUGAUGUGUAUCGUGAUAUACAGAUUGCGCUUCGCGUACUUGAUCUACAUUUUCUGGCCUAACUACCUUGUCUUGUACUACAUGUACUAUCACGCCGCAAGCUUUUGGUGCGAUAUCUCGAAUAUAUCCAACAUGCCAGGUGGAAUGUUAGGGCUCAUCACGACAGUUCAUUUUGCUUUUCACCGUGGCUGUUUCCUCACCGUGGCUGUUUCCUCCUUAGCAGAGGCAUGAAGAGAAGAGGCAAAGGCAAAGGCAUGGAUUGUUGUUACAAAAUGAAUUGUUGUAAGGUUCUCCAAGCAGGUCAGCAUCAGAGCGAGAUGCCCAUGUCCGGGAUUUAGAGCGGAAAUUUGGGUACCCCGAUCCGGUCGCCGUUUUCUUCGCCUUGCCGAUACCACAUUUCAAAAUGGCAGCGUUUUUGUUUGUGCUGCUUUUCGUGUUAGCGUACUCCAGAGAAGUUUUGACGCGUAAGGACUUCCUACAAGCGAUUCAGCUGCGGAAAGAAAGGGAAUUGGGCGACUUCAUGAUCGAGAAUAUGUUGCCAACCAGCCUGGCCGAUGAGUUGAUUGUUAAGGCCUCCCCGAAUCCAUCUGCAGAAGCAUCGCGCAUAGCUGGAUGCCCCAAAAGGGCAAAACAGAUCAUCCGAGAUGGUGGAUAGGGGAGGUGAGCUCUAAGAUUGAGUCGUCUUCGAAAUUCAUUAUGCGGACGGAAAUCCUCUUCCAUCGGCAAGGCUAUAGGGCAAAAGUGUACGAAAAUGUCACGGUUUGCUACGCCUCUAUGGUCUCGCCAGACUGGGAAGAAGCGCUACCUGGAGUCUUGGUGUGCUGUUUGAAUCGGGUACUAGCAGCGUCUUGUGCGAACUAUCAAGUACCUUUUGAAUUUGAUCACUAGCUACAUGGAAAGCACUUGUAAGAAGACGGUGAUAUUGACGUUUGCCUACAGUUAUAGAUACAUUUCUCUAGAUGUUGACAGUUACCCUCAGGUAUUCACUCUCCUCGAUCGUCUUGUAGAAGCUCACGGCGUAGACCGGAUAAACACGAAUGGCUGCAGUUUUCUCGCUGCCACAGGAAUUCCGAAAAAACACGACUUUCAUGCGCAUGCAAUGGCUCGUUUCGCGCUUCAAGCAGUUUCUAGGAUAGAAGGCGCUCGAAUCGCACAUCCGGCGUUUUUCUCGGAUCCUUUCAGGAGUUUCCCUAUUCAAGGAGCACUUCUUUCGCCGUUUCAUCUGGCUAGCGGAUCUCCAAGUCCCUUUGUUACGAUCCGUGUCGGUAUGCACUCAGGCAAGGUGAUGGGCGGCGUGCUUAUGUCGCGGUCUAGGGUGGAAUAUAGCUUGUGGGGACAGGUAGUAACACUUCUGUGUUGUAUACUUUUUUUUCAAUGUUGGCACUUUUCUCUAUCAUUCAAUUAAUAAUAAUAAUUUUGUCUCUACGGCGGUCGCGAAUGACCAUAUCAUGGGCACACACAUGACAUCCAAUCACUUUUCUCCAUCAGGACGUUGUAUGGGCAGAGGCGAUUACCGAUGUUUCCAGAGCGGGUUGCAUAACGUGCAGUGCUCGAACAGCGCAGCUAAUCGAAGACGAUUUCGUCUUUGAAAGAGCCAAUUGCAUCCUCCCAGCGGAAACGAAUGUUAACAAUUCUUAUGGCUACUUUUCACCUUAUUCAUUCCCUAUAACCAUGGCUUUUCAAGUAUAGAAGUACAGUGCACACCCGUCACUAUAAUUGGCUGGGUAUAUCAUCAUCAUCAUCAUCAUCAUCAUCAAAUACUUCUUAUGCCGCGUUCUUUUUCUAACUCUCCAAUCCGAAUUGUCAGUCGUCUGGCGAGAAUGAGCUUGCUUCUGUUUUAAGAAGGCGGCACUCAGUGAUGACAACAAACUCGCUUGAUCAGCAGACCACUGGAUCGUUGCUGAGAACUGGUGGAACUGUAGGUGACCACACGCAACAACUUGUAAACGGUAGAAGUCCUAGUGGAGGAGAGGAACGGUUGCGAACUUCAACAGGACCUGCUUCCAUUCCACAACUACUACCUCAUGAUGCGACUGCGAACAACGCCUUUAGUUUUACGCCUUUAGAAAGAAGCUGCGUUCUGCAGCAAGACUGCUUGCAAUUGUAUGCGGUGCUGCGAGAAAAGCCUUGUGCCUUGGGGAAGACGUAUUGGAUGACAACAAACUACAGUAAGAAGGUCCGCAUUGAUCCCCUCGCCUUUGCGCUAGAGAAAGCCAGACUAGACCCUCUUUGGUCUACAGGGAAGUUGAAUAAGUGCUUGAAUACGUUUAUACGAGACAUCGAAAGGGAAGAGAUUGCAAUUUAUGGUGGAAAUUUCGAAGACCUGAUGGAGGAAGACGAGGAGGAGGAAGAAGAGGAUGACGACGAGGCAAGAAGGACUUCCUUAGAAGAAGACCAGUUGGGUAGUAGUUCUCGGACGCAUUCAAGGUCCGAUAGUCACAAUAGUAGCAGUUCUUUGACGAGCACUACAUCAUCGCACGACACGACCCAGGAGGAGGACUCACGAACGCGUACUUCGUCAUCAGAGCAGUCGCCAGAGAAUCCUAAAAAAGUACGGGAUGAUCACGAAGGCGAUGAAGAUCGCGACAACCAAGACACGACCUCUGCUGUGAAGACAGAGGGCCCAAGUCGGAAGAACAGCAAUGAUGAAGAUGAUGCUCAUGCUUUGAAAGAGGGACAACAACAUGAAGAUGCGAAGCAAGAGGAGAAGGAUUUUUGUACCGUUACAGUGGACGACGAGGACGAUGAGCCACCUGAGGAGUUUCCGAAGAUCGCGGGUGAUGAUCAUGAUAGCUCCUCCGAGUCAACCAGUAUGGACUCCCUAGUAGAUGUGCGCAGUCGAAGAAUUAGAGCCAAUUACAGUACACGUGCUAAGAGGCCACGGACGAGACGCAUUCCACCCUGUCCGCCUGGAGUUAUCAAGGUUCUGUGGCAGCAGUAUCACACCAAUUAAGGCAGCCCACAGUGAUUCGUCUUCACAGAAGAGUUUUUAUUCUUUGAACUUCCAGCAAAAUUCUCGUGUUUACAAAUGUUGGAAAAUAAGGCUUCUAGAACUUAGGCUUAUCCCAUGCAGCAAAAUAAGGCGUAUCUUCAGCAGACUCUAAAGCAACAACUACCAGCACAACGGAAGCUACAAUAAGGGACAUGGAAAUGGCAAAGAGAAAGACAACCACUCCUCUACCAAUAUUAACAAGGGACGAGGAGGGUCUAGAGUUUCAUCUUCUACGUAUUAUCAGUGGGGUGGCAGCGAAUCUUUGAAGCCUUGGUCUAGCCAUUACAGUGGCUAUAAUCUGAACAAGUAUAUGAAUGGGACGGCUAAAAACAAGCGCCCAGGUGGCAAUCUUGCUGGCAGAGUUAAGGCUUUACAGUCUAGUCAAAGACGUCAAAUCAUUUGUGACUGCAUCGAUCCAACAUCCCUGAAAGCUGCGAGUGUGGCUCCUGAGGAUUCUUGUUCUAGUAGAAAACGGAUCAAGGACGAUGCAGUUGAAAGAUGAGGUGCGGGGAGGGGAGGUCUAAUAGAGGAGAGCGACAGGAGCCUGGACAACUGAUGCAAUGGUUGUUGUUUGAAGAUAUUGUUACGCAGGAGGAAGAGGAGCGUGCGAAACGGAGGCGAGGACAACGUGUGAAUAUUCGUAGGAGAAGAAUUUAAGGCUUGCUUUCCGCAGAUUCAGCUUGAGAGGCAUCAUCUUUGACACGUUUCUUUCUAACAGGGAAAAACAAAAAGGUCGAGGAUGCUCCCCAAGCUGAAUAUAGGGAAUAGCCCUAAAGAAUGGAAUUUUCUUCGAGUACUAGCAGCAUCAGCACCAGUGGAAGCAGUGUCCGUGGUGGGACCUUUGACGGCGGCGGAGGCGGAGAAAAGAGAAGUGCCCGUUGUGCGACCUUUUCCUUUGAUGGAGGCGGAGGCGCCGGCCAUAAUUACAACACAAGCAACAAUGCUCGUAGAGAUGAGGGUCGAGGUCUUAGCACAGUAGGUGAGAACGCAUCUUCAGCGAAGGGAAAGGGGUGCAGGAAUACAACAAGAGAUGACCUCCGCUGCGAUGAUAACGAUAAAAUCAUCUUCAAUGUUGCUGGCGGUAAAGAUGGCAGCAGCGACGCAGAUGGUAAAGAUGUUCGACAAGAGGAUGAUAGCAUAAGGACCGUGGUGACCAGGACUGCCCCUGCCCCAUCGAGGCAGAAAAGUUCCGAAUACUCGCCUAGCAAGCGGACCAGAGAGCUGUAUCUACGAGAUGUUGUUGCACAAGAUGAAGUCGACGCUAGUCCAGAGGAGCGCCGCCAGGAGGAGCGCCGCCAGGAGGAGGUCCGUGCGGAACAAGACUCGUUGACAAUCGAAGUCACGCCUCACGCGAAUCACGCGAUGUCGGUGAGCGUUCGAGGACAUGUUCAUGACCCAUUGGGGAAACGCCGUCACAGUCGAGCAGACCAGGAUGACUUUGGGAGAUCCCAUCAGCAGCGAGGAGGUGGAGGCAACAAUCCUGAAGAGGACGACUACUCGGAGGGUUGUGAGCCUGCUCAGAGAGGUCUUGCUAAGACACUAUCCUGCGCAAGCAAUAUCACAUUUGCAGAAAUUUCAUCAGCUUUCACGGAUAAAAAAUAAGCGUGUCAGACGUGGUGACCGCAAUGGAUGUCACUUUUGUAACGCAUUUCACUUACAAUAUAUUUUACUAGGGUGGACAACACUUGCAAGAGUCAAGUUGUUUACUCAGUACAGUUGAUCACUUACACUUUUUACAUUUCACUUACAGUUUCUACACUUCACUUACAGUCACAGGUUUUUCACGUCACUUACAGUUUCUACAGUUCACUUACAAUUUCUACAUUUGUUCACUUACAAUUUCUACAUUUCACUUACAGUUUCUACAGUUCACUCACUUACAUUUUCUGUAUUUUGCUUAAGAAAGAUGCGCACAUAUCACUUACAAUUUCGGUCAUGCAGCCCGUUAAGAGAUAGAGCGCGUUAGAGAUUGCGAACAUCCUAAUCCUACAUUUCAUCUAAUACAACAACAUCCGGUCAAAGGCAAGCUCGAACGUCAAAGUUUUUUUUCCCAUUGAAGUAAAGCGUGGUGCCGCGGUAUGCUUUUUUUGAAGCAGAGAGAGAAGAGAGAGAGAGAGACCGUUGAUAGACAGCAGAUGACCCCCCAUGUGAAGCAAGCCAUGGCUACACUGGAAGCUUUGAGGGAGUUCGAGUUGUUUGAAUGAGAGAUUCUUUUUUUCAGAAAACUGAAAACUCCACGCUGCCGAGUGUCUAAAAGGACUUCAACAGUUUGAAUUGCAGAUUCUUUUUUUUUGUAACAAAAAGCGAU